AUUCAACAUGUCCAAAUCUUGCAAACCCAUCUUGUAGCUCCAGCUAAGCAUUUGUGAUGGAUGGAUUACAGACAAUUCAGACUUUCUUCUUAGGACUAAUAUUCUGCACUCAUAACUACAUAUCAGCAUCAAUGCUGGAGGUGACCGUCCGACCUGGAGAAAAUAUUACCCUCUACUGUGACUGCAAAGCAUUUACCGGAGUAUUUAUUGUGUGGUUCUUCAAAAACUGUUCCAGAGAAGAACAUUCUAUUCAUGCUGUUCCUUUUUUGGAUCAAUUGGCAAAAGAAAAGAAAUUUCCACGUUUGAAAUUUAUAAAAAAUGACUCUUCACAAUCCUAUGACCUGCUGGUGAUGAAUGUCUCUAGUUCAGAUCAGGGUCUCUAUUACUGUGGAACAGAAAAAGUUCAAGUAGAGAAAGACAAAAAUGAAAAGAUAAUCGCAAAAGACGUUUACACUUAUGGGAACAUCACAACAAGACUCACUCUCAACACCUGUGGACAGUAUGACUUUAACAAGACAGUGGAGGACUGCGGGGCGUGCUGGAAGCUUCUCUUCUCCGUUUGCCCGGCUGUUGUUUUUCUCUCUGUGUUCUUCUCCUUCCUUGGGUUUUACCUGCUUUGUCACAAAACAGCUAAAGAAAACCCAGGAGAUGGUAAACAACCUAAACAACCGAGACCAAUAGAUGAAGCACAGGAUGAAAACAUUUGUUACGCUGCCUUGGAAAUCCACCGACAAUCAAAAAGAAAAAAGAAGAAGUUGGUCCAACCGUCAGACUGUAGGACUCACACCAUUGUCAAGUAUGCCUACAAUGAAGAUUCACAUUCUCUUUGGGGAUGUGAUCUUAAUGAAUGAUCAAUCUGUUCUAGUUUUGUUAUUUCCACCACAAAACUGAAAGACAAAAAAAAGCUUAAUUUCUUUCUCAUAAAUGUGCGUAAAUGUAUGAUUCAAAAAUGCGUUUAUUGUGUAAUUUGUUUAAUGUUACACUGAUUUUGCUUAAUCAAACAUUUUCUUUAUUACCAUAUAUUAAUAUAUUGGUGUAUUAUGUCAGUUUUUAUUUGUUUCUUCAACACAAAUAUAGAAACUACUUGUUGUUACUUGUUAAACAUAAGGUAUCUACAAGGCCAAAGCUUCCUUUUCUUUUUACAUACCUUGUAAUAAAUACAUAUGAAUCAUGUUGGGUCAAUGCAUCCCUAAACCAUCACACUUCUAGCACCGCAAGGUCUUUAAUGGGUCUUUUCCUUUAAUGCUGUGUUUAUUUUAUGCUUUCUAUGCCGUCUGUUCAAAUAAAUUGGUUUCAGACACA